GAUCUACCUCCUCCCGCUAUCGCGAGUACAACGGCGAUUGCUUCUCGGACCACUCGAGAAGGAGUCAUCAUCUGAUGAGCAAGAUGACGAUCCCCCGAAUAGUAUAUGGGCUGCUGACAUGGACCACUGUCCAGGCCAUCUCCACAUCCUGGACCCCAUUGUUCCCCACCACGUCCAGUAUCCUUCGUCAAACCAGCACGAUCUUCGAAACCUCCCCGGAGGAACUCACCUACGACCUAGGCACCUCGAUACUGGCCCAGCACGAGCAGGACAGAUGCACCCUGUACAAGAUCGUGAUGAACCAGCAGCUGUACUUCGAGUACGUGCAUUACAAGACGGAGCUGCCUGACACGAAGGAGCUCACCCUGUGCAUGUGGACCAAAUUCUACAACCACACCAACGACCAUCCUUUGUUUUCGUACGCAGUCGGCGACCAACCACGAGGUGUGCUGUCCUGGGUAGCAAACACCCCCAGGAGUUCCUACUACAUGAUGAACAUCAACGGGCACAACUUGUACAGAUUGAAUUACCCGCUGCGAUUGAACAAGUGGUAUCACUCCUGCCAAAGCUGGAGCGGCCGUACAGGGGAGUGGCAGAUCUGGGUCAACGACGAGCGCGUAGGUCGCGGGUUCAACAACAGGCUGGUCGGGCACGUCAUCAAAGGUGGCGGAGUAGCGAUCACGGGACAGGAGCAACGGCAGCUGGGUGGAGGCUUUUUGGAGGGCGAGGGGUCCCCGCCAGGAUCGGGUGGUCUGCUAGGAGAGGUGACCAUGGUGCAACUCUACGGGGUUGCUUUGACGGCAGGGAAGGCGCACAAGGAUCACAAGCAUCAUCACGCCCACCACUACGAGCACGACACCGACAACAACACCCCCAGACCCACGCGACCCCCUGUCACGGGGCCGCCCCUACCUCAGCACCCCUUGCUCACCGGUGGACAGAUCAAUCAUCAGGUAAAAAUCAAUCCAGGAUCGCCGCUGCAGAUCGUGCAAGGUGGAGUCACCCUGAGGCACCCAGCGGUGAUUCCCCGCAACCCACCCCCUCAGCCGUUCCCACCGGCAAAUCCCAAUUCCGUCUCGGCAGCGUAUCCUCUGCAAUCUACCCAGUACUUCGGCAACCUACCACCCAGCGCCGACUUGCCUUCGGCGAAUAGAAUAAUAACAGACGCGAGUUCGACGAACGGCCCGUACCGUCUCUUCAAGCGAGAGAAAAAUUCCUCGGAGCUGGAAGCGGAGAGCGAACAGCCCGAUUCGAGGAUCCAUGAGACCACCACCGAGAAGUCUAAACUGGAGAAGAGAGACGUUGCCGAAGUUUCCGAAAAGGAAGAUUUGGACGGCAAGGUAUAGCGCGUUCGAGAGAAGAAGGAUUCUGAGGACCAGAAACUAGAGAAGCAAAACUCGCCCAAAAAGAAAAGAGGUCUGGUGCAAUUUGGUAACGGACUGAUCAUGGACGACGGCUACAUUGCUCAGGGGUUGGACAACGACUAUUUCGUCGGGCUAACCAACUUCGGGCUGCAGUUGCCAAAGUACGAGAACAAGGACGACGAGAGGGAACCGGCGGAAGCGGAGGUGAAGAUGAUCAUGGACAUCUGCGACGGCUGUUCAGAGGAGCCUUUCGCGAAGGCUCUGAUCUUGGGCUGGAGAACGGUGCCCAAGAAGAUGUACUCCGGCGCGGUGUACACGCCGGCCGUGCCGAUGUGCAAGGUGUUCUAA